AUGUCCUACUACGUACAGCCUUGCCUCUCAGGCUUCCCUAAUUUGAGGCCCCCAUUGGUGCUGCGGACUGUUACAAUGGCCGCCACUGGAAGGAUUCCAGCCAUGUUUGCUGGAGUAGUGCUCACUGUUAUUUUGCUGGCAGAUAAAGCAUUGGCUCGCAGCAAGAGGAGUCCCUACUACAAGGCUAUGCCAGACUUCUGGGGCUGGUACAAGUACUUCACUGAAACCAACAACCAGGAGGCAGUUGAGGACCUGGAUCGGCUGUACCUCACAUACAUGCAGAACAAGCACAGGAACGAGGAGGGUGCCUUCGGCGCCUACAUGACCCACCUGAGCGAGGUCUACAAGUCCUGUGCAAACUCCGAUGACCCUGACUGCAUUGCCGAGGCCACCAGCAAACCCAAGGCCAAGCUGGUCAUGCCUCUUCCCCUCAGAGACGCCAAGUUGCUGGUGUGCAACCCAUACAUUGACCCCUACUGCCUCUUCCCAGGUGCCCCCAAGGCUGCAGCUGAGGCUGAAGAAGAAGCCGAGGAGGCCCCGGCCCCGGCCCAUGUCCCCGCGCCAUUCUUCCACCCGCUGUUGCCCCUGCCCUACAAGGCCCCCGUGCCCCUCCCCCUGCCCCUGAAAACCCCGGCGGGCAUCUUCUACUACGCGCCCCCCGUGGAGCCCUUCCUGUCCAAGGAGCAGAAGGCAGAGCUGCUGAAGAUCUGCAACCCCGCCGACGUGGAGUGCCUGCAGUACCACCUGCGCUCCGCCUACGGCUACAACCCCAUCGCGCCCGUGCCCUCCUACAGCGCCCUGGGCUGUGACCCGGCCAAGGACCCCUACUGCUGGCCACGCCUGGUGCACAAGGCUCCCUCCGGAUUCUUCCACCUGUACCCGGUGUGCGACCCCGAGACCGACCCCUUCUGCGCCAUGCCUGCCUCUCCUCCCGCUGCCCUCACGGACGCCGCCAAGCCGGCCGGGGAGCAGGCGUGCCACCCGCUCUUCGACAAGGGCUGCAACCCCCUGACCGCCACCAAGCUGGCCAGCCCCAACAAGCCCGUCAUGGAGUUCAUGCCUCAGGAUGAGCCCGCCGAGGAGCCCAUCGUCUGCAACCGUCGCCUGGACCCGGGCUGCAUCCUGGCCGCGGCCGCUGCCCUCAAGAGGCCGCCUCCUCCACCCGCUCCCCGCUUCCAGACGCGCCACCGCCUCGGCGUCCGUGGCAAGACCAAGGACGGCCACGAGUGCUUCAUGCAUUACGACAAGGACUGCACGCCUCUGACCGCCGCGGACAAGGAGGCCAAGCCAGAGGAGGCCAAGCCCAAGGAGGACUGCCACCCCUUCGACCCCAGCUGCGGGAAGUUCGCACAGCCGUCCACUGGCGCAAAGGCCAUCAGCGGCAAGGCCAAGAACGGCAUCAUCGAGCCCGACCCCGACUGUGACCCGGAGAUGGACUACAACUGCCGCCUGCGCCGUGCUGAGGAGCCCAAUGAUGCCCCUGCUGCCGCCCCCGCGGAAGAGGAGCCCCAUGCCGAUGCCCCCGCUGCUGCGCCAGAGCACCCACAGUUUGAAGACUUCAUGAGGCCAUACAUGGGCCACCAGAAGAAGUAA